AUGAACGUGGAGGAAACCGCAACCAUACUCCCGGGUAAUGAGGUCAUACAAGAGUCGAUAGAAGAGAUAUGGUACCUCAAGGAGAUCUCGUUCCGACCGACGCCGACUGCCGAGCCCCGCAAGUACAAGAUCAUCACACAGAACUUUAACGGUCCAUGCUCCUUUAUUGCCAUUUGCAACAUCUUGAUCCUCCGCGACAAGAUCCACAUAGAGCCACCCCACCGCGAAGCCAUCACCUACGACUACCUCUCCCAGCUGCUCGCCGAGUACCUCCUCCUCUCCUGUCCCGACGUCGACAUCUCCGCCGCGCUCUCCAUCCUACCCGCCACCCGCAAGGGCCUGGACCUCAACCCGCUCUUCACCGGCUGCGAGGCCUUCCGGCCGGCGACGACCGGCGGCGAGCUCGAGCUGUUCACCCAGGCGGGCAUCCAGCUCGUCCACGGCUGGCUCGUCGACCCGUCCAGCCCGGAGCACCGCGUGCUGGUGCGCACGGAGGACUACGACUCGUCCGUGAACCUGCUCGUGGAGGCGGACCACCUCACCAAGGGCCACUUCAUGGUCGCGGACGCCAGCCCCUCGGCCGCGUCCGCCUCCCAGCCGGCCUUCGGCGCACACCUUGCGCACGCCACCUACAACCUCUCCCCCGAGGAGCAGCAGAAGGUCGAAGACGCGCUCCUCGUCCGGCACUUCCUCGACAACGCGCGCUCGCAGCUGACGUACCACGGCCUCUUCACGCUCGCGACCGCGCUCGAGCCGCACGCGCUCGUCGCGCUCUUCCGCAGCUCGCACCUCGCCGUGCUCUACAAGGCGCCGGCGGGGGACGCGCACGGCGGCGGGCUCUACACGCUCGUGACGGACCAGGUGUUCCUGCACGAGCCCUCGGUCGUCUGGGAGCGCCUCGAGGACGUCGACGGCGGCUGGUCGACGUUCGUCGACUCGGACUUUGUCCGCGCCGCGCCCGCCGGGGGCGACUACGCCGGGCACACGGCGGAGAGCGCGCUCGCGGCGCUCGAGGACGGCGUCGGGGCGCUGACGCUGGCCGGGCAGGCGGACGAGCAUUUGGCUCAGCAGCUGCAGGCGGAGGAGUACGAGCGGUCGAACCGCAUCGCGGCGGCGCGCGAGCAGGCGCGCGCGAACAGAGAGCGCGAGGCGGAGGAGGCGGAACGGCGCGAGCGCGAGCGGCGGGAGCGGAAGAAGAAGAAGGACUGCAUUGUCAUGUGA